ACAAAAUUCUCAAUAAUUAUAAUUAAAAGAAAAAGAAAAGCAACACUCUUUGGUUCAUGCUCUUUUCGACGAAGAGAGGAGGCUUGCGAUUCAGAGUCAGACCAAUCAACCACUAGCAGCGUUUGUAAAAAUCCCCAAAACCCACGUCAAAUUCGAAGAAAUCUAUCAUACCCAUCUCUUAAAUCUCGACCUCUUUUGGGUUUAUCUUCACCUUUCUCAUCAAUCUACAGGGGUAAACUUAAGGAAAUGGACGUAAAUUUGUUGUGUGUAUUAACAUGCAGUGAUUGGACACGUGGGUGAGUUUGAAAGAAGAGAAGUAAGCGGUGUCAGAGGAAAGAUAUUUUUUUUUUCGGUGAAGCGGCCGAAGAUGGCGAAUCAGGUGGUCAAAGUUAGAAGAGAACCGAUUGAGGCAUGCAUGACCUGCCCGCUCUGCCAUAAGCUCUUCAGAGAUGCUACUACCAUAUCUGAAUGCCUUCAUACGUUUUGCAGGAAAUGUAUAUAUGAUAAGAUAUCCGAUGAAGAGUUAGAGUGCUGUCCAAUAUGCAAUAUCCAUCUUGGUUGUGUUCCAUUGGAGAAAUUGAGGCCGGAUCACAACUUGCAAGAUUUAAGAGCCAAAGUUUUCCCUAUUAAAGGAAGAAAGGUAAAGGCAUCUGAGGUUGUGGCGCCAGUAACACUACCUGUAAGAAGAAAGGAAAGAUCACUUUCUUCAUUGGUUGUCAGCACUCCAAGAGUUUCAGCUCAUGCCACCAUGACUGGGAGAAGAACCAAAUCUGCCACGAGAAAGGCAGCUGCUUUACGAGGAUCUGGUUUUUCCACUGAAAAACCCGUUAAGAGAGAGGACAAUUCUGUUGAAAAUCAUCCAGAAAGCUCAAGUUCACCUGAGACUUCAAAUAAGUUCUCUCAGCAUACUAGGGAGAGCUCUUUUCCUUCUGAGCCUAGUGAUCCCCUUCCAGAUAAAGAAACUGAGAAUGGUGCCAAGCCAUGGGAAGGAAAGUUGGACCUGUGGAAACCUUUAACUUGUUUGGUUGAAGUAGCAAACAGGACUAAGUCUGUAAAGUCCAGUUCCCAAGGGUCUGACAACAAAGUAGAACCCACACUAGUUGCUGACAACGAACAACAAGCACGUAGAUCAAAAAUUAAGGAACACAAACGCAAAUCAAAAGUUGAGGAUGAAAAGAACACUGAUCCUGUCUAUUUAGUUUCUGUGAAACCUAAAAAGGUGCGAAGGGUCCGGCGAAAAAGGGAAGCUGCUUUUGGGGAAUCAAUGAUUUCACCGCAAGCUGUGUUGGAUGCUGCUACUGCCAAGCAUGAAAGAAGAGUUGGUCCAAUUUGGUUUUCUCUUAUAGCAUCUGAAGACCAGGAAGGAAGUGCAUCUUUGCCUCAAAUUCAAGCAAGUUACUUGAGAAUCAAGGAUGGAAAUCUACCUGUUUCGUUUGUCCAGAAGUACCUGAUGAUGAAACUAGAUUUAAUUAGUGAAGCUGAGGUUGAGAUAAAAUGCAUGGGACAACCAGUGGUCCCCACUUUGCAGCUGUAUAAUUUAGUUGAUCUAUGGCUGCAAACAUCAUCAACAUCAGAAAGAAUUCAAGCAACCAUUGGGUCCUCAGCCAAGGACUUUGUGAUGGUGCUGGCAUAUGCUCGAAAGGCUCCAGAAUCUUAAUCACCAGUGCAUGUUCUGUGAUUCGGCUGCUUCAGAUUAUAAAUAUUAAUGUUUUCAGUUGAAGCAUUCUGCGUCAGGGGAAUUGGAGGAAAAACCAAACAAACAAACGGAGCAGCUAGCCUAGAAGCGAGCCUGUUGUGGCAUGGUACACAAUCUUUGCAGCACAUCAAGUGCAUUGUACUACUGUACUGUUCCCUCCAUCUCCCUUCUUAAUGAUUAUUUAACACCAUCUAAUGAAGUAACACUCGACUGAGGCACUGUUUUCUAGGCGGCGGCGGCAGCAUGGCGUGUUAGGAACCAUCUUGCUUGUAACAAUAUGCUCUUCUUGUCAUAAAAUUAUAGUGAGCCCUCUCAUCUCUUUCGUUUAAAUUAUGUUGAUGUGUGUCACUAAAACCUGCUGUGAAUAAUAUGGUACAUCUGAUGUUCUUUCUGAUAUUAUACAUGAGUUUCAAUUUAUUUCUUGAAA